ACAGGACGGCAAGUGAGGGGCGCCGCGAAGCUGUCGCGUCUAUAAAUACUCCCUCCGCCGGCCGGCGUGGCUGUGCGGUUGCUGCGCGGCCGCGGCUGGGUGCCGCCAGGGCCUCGCACUGCUUCGCGUCGCUCCGGCGCGGAGGUGCCGCCCGUCGUAGAGCCUGCCGCACUCGGUGUGCUGGGUGCCGCUGGGCCCCGCUCAGCCCCGCUCGCACCACACCCCUCCUCCCUCACCCCAUGACGUGCGUGUGCGCCGCCGGGCGUUGAGUUGAGCCGGACCGUACCGUCCCCGCCAGUCCUCAGCCGCAGCCAUGCCGCUGAGGAACGAGCCGCCGUCGCUCCGCAGGGCGGCCAUGGUUGUCAUCUGCGAGUACUUCGAGCCGCUGUGCUACGGGCUCUCUUCCGAGGAGGUGGCCAACAUGAUCGACACCGAAGAGUACCUGGACAUCAAAGGUCCCUUCGAGGACAUGCCGGGCCCCGUGCUGGCGUGCGUGGCCGAGGCGGUCUCCGAGCGGAGGGCCCUGCACCGCAAGCACCUGCACAUGCUGGUGCAGCCGCAGACCCCCAGGCUCAACCUGUCGUGGGGAGACGCCGACGGCUAUCACGGCAUUCAGUUCGCGGGCCAGCGCUGCAAGGCAUGCUCUUUAUCAUCGUCAUCGCCACCACCUGCUUGUAGACUUAGUGCCGCAGCCACCAUAGGGUGCCUCCUCCCCCGGAACAGAGAGGCACCUGGGGAAAUCCGUCUACAAUCGGAUUCACCUGAUAUCAUUGUUUAGAGUUCUCGUACCCACCCCAUCUCUUGCGCAGCCAGUAUUUUCACUUGUGACACCUCUUUAGCGAACGUAGGCUUCCACAGGCACACCGCGUCAUCACCCCCUCCCCCUAACCCUCUGGUGACUCGCUACCAGCUGAAUUUUGCACACCGUGAGCAUAGUAGACUACGGGAGGAGCAACGGGAGCGAGAGAGAGCAAAAAAGAGAGAGAGCGUGAGAGAGGGCGAGAGAGAGCGAGUAAGAGCGAGAGAGAGAG